CUCCUGAAAGUGGGAGGUGUUUGCCAAGAGGGCGGUGCUGAGGAAGCUGCUGCAGGGGAAGUGGUGUUUGCCCCACCCCUUAACUGUCACGUUUCUUCCUGCCACCAUGAAGCUCCUCCGCCUGCUGUGCCGCCACAAGACGGCUCUGGGACUCGGUGGCCUGUCUCUCUUUGGCGUGGUGCUCCUCUACUUGGCCAAGUGCACCUCAGAAGGCCUCAAGCCCUCCCACGGCUGGGGGCUGCCUCAGCAGCAGUCUCCUGCCCGGACUGGGGGAGUGAGUGGGCCUCACCCUCCAGCCGCCGCCCCACCUCCUCCUCCCGAGGAGAGCGCCUUCCUGGCUGUGUUGGUAGCCAGCGGCCCCAAAUAUACAGAGCGACGUAGCAUCAUCCGCAGCACCUGGCUCUCGGUGGCCGGCCGGGUCCCCAAUGGAGACGUCUGGUUCCGUUUUGUGGUGGGCACCGGAGGACUGACCGGGGAGGAGCUCCACACCUUGGAGCUGGAGCAGAGCCGCCAUCAGGAUCUUCUGCUCCUUCCUGACCUACGAGACUCCUAUGAGAACCUGACCUCCAAGGUCCUGGCUAUGUUUGUGUGGCUCGACCAGCAUCUGGACUUCCGCUUUGUCCUCAAAGCUGAUGACGACACAUUUGUGCGCUUGGAUGUCCUCGUGGAGGAGCUGAGGGCCAAGGAGCCACGCCGCCUCUACUGGGGCUUCUUCUCUGGGCGUGCCCGUGUGAAAUCCGGCGGGAAAUGGAAAGAGAAUGCCUGGCUCCUUUGUGACUACUACCUGCCCUAUGCUCUGGGCGGCGGCUACGUGGUUUCAGCUGACCUGGUGCACUACUUGCGCCUCACGCAAGACUAUCUCAACAUAUGGCAAGCUGAAGACGUAUCCCUGGGUGCCUGGCUUGCUCCAGUGGAUGUGAAGAGAGUUCACGACUCUCGUUUCGACACGGAGUAUAAAUCGCGGGGCUGCAACAAUAAAUACAUUGUGACUCAUAAACAGAGCAUUGAGGACAUGUUGGAGAAGCAUCAGACUCUAGCCAAAGAAGGGAAGCUCUGUAAAGAAGAGAUUAAACUCCGACUGUCCUACACGUAUGACUGGAGUGUGCCUCCUUCACAGUGCUGCCAGAGGAAAGAUGGUAUACCUUGAAAACUGUGAGGAAAGACAGUAUACCUUGGCAACUGUGCAAAUAAGAGGGGAAGGGAACACAACCAGGCAGGAGGAAAUCGGUGGUGAUGGAUGUGUGUCACAUUGAAAGCAUUCCUCCUCCUGCUGGAACUUUUAAAUUAUUCCAAGAUUUUCCACAGUAUGUCAGGCCAUAUUGCAUCACCCUUGCCAGUGUGGCAUAUGAAGGAUAUAGGGGAAGAGCAUGGAACAAACUACGGGUCUAGAAAAAUAGUACCUGAAAGGCAGGAAUUGGCAAAAGGAAAAAAUUUUAUGUAUUGUGGGACAAAGAAAUGAAGGAUUUUAAAGGCUCUUUAAGCUACUGUACUAAGUGUUAGACACAGAGCCGUGGUUUGUUUCCUUUCUUUGAAAGGAUAAGUGGGUUUUGGCCAAGGAUUCUGGCAAGUUUAAAGUGAAAUAAUAACAGAAGGGUAACUUGGUCCCUAGCACCAGUGGAGGAGAUUACUAGUGUGCUCUAUAAUGCUGUUCCUAAGCAGAAGGGGCUGCUUUUGUCAUUGACAAACCUUUGCACUGGCUAUGAUGGUGUAUUAGAGGUAGGAGAUGUCCAUUCUAGCAGGAAAUGUUCUGACCUUUAAACAUUUUUAUUAUAAGUGGAUGGCUUGUGUAACUUCUAUCCCUGGAGAGAAAUCCCUCAGAUCCCUUUCUAUGUCAACCUUUGAAAAACCUUUCAAAGGGAGAAACCUUUGAAAAUCAUUAAUCCUACUCGGAGUAGAUUCAGUGAAGUUAAUUAACAUAGCUAACCUGGUUCAGUAAUUUCAGUGGGUGUUCUCCAACUUGUAUCCAACUAAGUUAUACUCAACAAUAGACCCACUGAAAAUAAUGUGCCAAGGUACUUAUGUCCAAUAUUUUCAAUGGACCAUUACUUUGAGGAAGAACAUUUGAUGCAACUCUUUAGUUAUAUUUGGAAGAAUAGAUUAUUAGAAGGAAUCCACAAUGACAGCCUGGUCUUGACUGAAAAUCAUGCAGCAGUUGCUGCCAAUGUAGUGUAGUGUAGUUUCUGGAAUUAAAUGCUUCUAGAAUUGUUGAGUUGUAUCCAACAUUAGUCCUACCUGAAGUAGACCCUUCAAAAUUAACCAAUAUGAUAAGCUUAGGCCCCUUUAUUUCAAUGGGUCAACUCUGAGUAGGAUUCAGUUGGAUACAACCCUUUGUAUUGUAGCCAACAAUAGUUGUGCGCAGAGUAGACACAUUAAUUUUUUUUACCUACGUUAGUCAUAUUCAUUGGGUCUACUUUGAGU